AUGACAGGUUAUUCUUGGCAAGAAGUGGUGGGAAAAAACUGUCGCUUCCUUCAAGGUCCAGAGACUAACCCGGACCAUGUCCAACAGCUUCGGGAGGCCAUACAUGGGAGCAGGUCAUGUUCUGUAAAUAUCCUCAAUUACAGAAAGGAUGGUUCGAAGUUCUGGAACCUACUACAUGUAUCGCCAGUCAGGUCCUUUGAUGGAAAAAUUCACUUCUAUUGUGGUGUCCUGAUGGAAGUCUCAACAGGCGUGCAGUCACCUAUUCCCACAUAUGCUUCUCAGCAGCAGCUUGGUGUUGUUGGCCCUACACAGGGGGUUGCUGAGGUGGGUGCGUCCGGUGGGGAAGGAACAGGGGAGGAGGGGCGUGGGGGGGCUAUGCAAGGGGAGAGGGGGGGAUACCAUAUCUCAGAGGGUUACUAG